AUGGCCGACGUACAGAAGCCCGUUGAGGUCCCUGAGGCCGCCCCUGUUGCCGCUGUUGAGCCCGUUGUCCCCGAGACCACUCCCGCCGUUGAGGCUGCUCCCGCCGCCGAGGCUCCUGCCGUCGAGACCAAGACCGAGGAGACUCCCGCCGCCGCCGAGACCGCUGCUACUGAGGCCCCCGUUGAGGAGGCCAAGAAGGAGGUCAAGCCUAUUGAGAAGGGUCGUCUUGAGCACAAGGCCUCCCCCGCCAGCUUCCCCAAGAACCUCGUCUACAGCAGCCAGGAGUUCUGGUUCGGCUCUGAGCCCGUCACCUCCGAGAAGCUUACUGCCUACCUGAAGGCUGAGAAGGCUACCGAUGUUGCCCACCACGUUGCCGCCUGGGCUUCCGAGACCGGAAAGGGUCUCCUGUUCUACGGCAAGGAGUCUGGCAACCCCACUGGUGUCAUCCAGCUUGCCGAGGCUAGCGAGCCCACCGUUGACGGCAACCAGAAGUUCACCGUCCAGGCCAAGGGCCACAAGCACGUGUUCAAGGCCCCUACUGCCGCUGACCGCGACAGCUGGGUCGAGCAGCUCAAGCUCAAGAUUGCUGAGGCCAAGGAGCUCGCUACUACCGUCACCGAGACUGAGACCUACAAGACGACUCUUGAGACCUUGAAGCCUGCCCCUGCCGCCAAGAAGGAGGAGAAGCCUGCUACUGAGGCCGCUGUCGCCGCUGAGGCUCCUGCCGCCACCGAGGAGGCUCCCGCCGCUGAGGCUGCUGCCGUUACCGAGGCUCCCAAGGAGGAGACCAAGGAGGAGGAGAAGAAGGAGGAGGCCAAGCCCCGCUCUGCCAGCAAGAAGCGCACCAGCAUCUUCGGCAACCUGUUGAGCAAGAAGGAGGAGAAGAAGGAAGAGAAGAAGGAGGAGAAGGUCGAUGAGGAGACCCCUGCUGUUGCUGCUGAGCCCGCUACCGAGGCCGUUGCUGAGCCCACCGAGGCCCCCGUCGCUGAGGCCCCUGCUGCUGAGGCUGCUACUGAGGUUACCCCCGCUGCCGUUGAGGAGAAGGCUGCUGAGCCCACCAAGCCUACUCCCACCAAGCGUGCCAGCAUCUUCGGUAGCCUGUCCUUCGGCAAGAAGAAGACCGAGCCCGAGGCCGCUCCUGCUGUCCCAGCCAAGGAGACUGAGGCUACUGAGGCUGCUCCCGUGACCGAGACUGCCCCCGUCAUCCCGGCUGUCGAGACCACUGAGCCCCUCUCCGCUGAGGUCGCUUCUCCUGCUACCGUCCCUACUGAGACCACCGAGGUUGCCCCCGCCACCAACGGUGAGACCAAGAAGGACCUGAAGGCCGAGAAGCGCAAGUCCAGCUUGCCCUUCGCUUUCGGCAAGAAGGAGAAGUCUCCUGCUUCCGAUGAGGAGGGUGAGAAGAAGGAGAAGGCCUCUCCUUUCUCCAAGCUUCGCCAGACCAUCAAGGGUAAGGGCAAGGCCUCUGAGAAGCCCGCCGCUGCCCCGGCCGAGACCGAGGCUGUUGCCGAGGAGAAGCCCGCUGAGGAGGCUGUCGCCCCCGUUGAGGGUGAGGCCGCCAAGGUCGAGGAGACUCCCGCCGCCACUGAGGCUGCUACCGAGGAGAAGCCCGCCGAGGCCGCUGCCCCUGCUGUCGCUGCCACCGCAUAA